AUGGCUGGUCACCGUGAUCGACCUCAGAUACGCGUUCGGGUACUGGAUGUCGAUGGGUUGCCGAUGGAAGAGAUGCACGAGUUUUUUAUGUUCGCGCUGGUCCGUCGAUUCCCGGCCGAGAAGUGUUUGAAGGUUGCUAGCAGGUUGGCAACUUUCAGGGACAAAGCAUCGGCGUCUAGCUACAACAAGCUGAUGAUCGAUAUGGCUGAGCUCUUCGGUUCAAUCUACGGCCCAGAACUUUGUGCUUUAUUCGAUCGAUGCUAUAAUACGAUAUCAGUUCCUUACAUGCUGGACUACAUAAGGAAGUAUGGGCAAUUCUCGAAGGAGUAUAUUGCGAGGGAGGUCACGGAGUCGAUGAACCCCCCUGUAUUCGACUUCGUACGGUAUCAACAUAGAGGAGGGCUGCGGCCUCUCCCACCCGUAGUGAGUAAGCCUUAUGAGCUCAAUACAUAUGCACGUCUAUUACCCCCCUCCAGUGUGAAGCGGUGGAUAUAUCAGCAUCUCCUCCAUCAUGGGCGUAUCAUGCUGCAUCGUAAGUCGCCUAAGGCAGCGGACAUGGACCCAGUUCUAAUGGAAAGAGAUGCGGCGGCACAUCGAUCGUCUCAGACACGUAGGCGAGCAGAACAUGGGCUGGAGUUGCCGAGGGAGAACGAGGUGGAGGAGGACGGCGAGGUGGUUAAUUGGAACAUAGCGUCUACGUCAAAUCAGGGCAGCGGGAACGGCAGCGCUGAGGAGGGUGGCCAAGAAUGGUCGAUCGAGUCGGAGGAGGAGCAUCAGGAGGCGGUCGCUAUGGGAGGCAAGCCGAAAGACACUUCAACCCUAAUGCAGUUCACGAGAGUUCAUGAGUUCAAGUCACGUCUAGCUGAGGAUGACAAUUCAGCUUUAGUGCCUGUCGAGGAGCCAGCUGAUGAAGGGAUAAUCCCUGUACCUGAGAUGGACCAAGGGAACUCAUACUCCGAGGAGAGCCGCGAGGAGCGUUUCUGGUUGCGGAAGAUCGUCUCCUUCUUCCGGCAUAAUCGACGAUGCUACCGAUAUAUGCCGAGUAGAGGAUGGACCCAGGUGGUCGACCCUCGGGGUCCGAGGAGUAAGUAA